AUGUACGCGGAUUCCCGCCGCCCAAACAACCCGCCGUCGCCGCCACCAAGAAGGGAUACUCACGUGUUUUCCCGAGAAGAAGAAGGGGGAGGCCUCAGAGGAGGGAGGCCACGUCCCCCACGCUCUGCGUGCGCCUGCGCGUCUGCGGGGUCGGGCGCAGGCUGCUGCGGCGGCGGCGCGUCUGCUAUAAAGGCGAGCGCCGGGCCCGUGCCGGCCCCCGCCCAGGCAUUCGGUGUCCAGGCAGUUCGGAGCUGGAGGCCGGCGCCGCCAGGACCGCAAGAGCGGAAGGAGGACACUACAUUCGCCGUUCCGGUAAUACCUAGACGGUCAAGCACCGGCCUAGCAAGCGCGCAAGCUAGUGGCGGAUAUGAUCUCAACCUCUUUACCACCCCUCCUGACUGCAACUUCCUAUGCUCUGUCUGCCAUGGGGUACUCAAGAGGCCAGUGAGGUUGCCCUGCAGUCACAUCUUCUGCCAAAAGUGCAUCCUUCGGUGGUUAGCCAGACAAAACACCUGUCCAUGCUGCAGGAAAGAGGUGAAAAGGAAAAAGAUGGUCCAUGUGAAUCAACUCCGGAAAACCAUUGGCCGCCUCGAAGUCAAGUGCAGGAACGCAGAGGCCGGCUGCUUGGUGACGUGCCCCCUGGCCCAUCGCAAGGGGCAUCAGGACUCGUGCCCGUUCGAGCUGCUAGCCUGCCCCAACGAGGGCUGCAACGCCCAUGUGCCACGCGGGAACCUCGCUGAGCACCGCCAGCGCUGUCAGCGAGGGGGCCGGCAGCGCUGCCUCUUAGGCUGCGGGGCCAUCCUGGGCCCCGCCGAGCGCGCCCGCCACAACUGCUACCGCGACCUGCGCCAGGCCUGGAGCGAGCGGCAGGAGCGCAGCCGGACCCUCCUGCAGAGCCUGCUGCGGCGCGUGCGCAGAAUGCACCGCGCCACCGACCUCCUCCGCAGGCAGCUGGCCCAGCUGGGCAACUUCCUGGACGAGGACGACGCCGUCCUCCUCCGCGCCGCGCACGAGGCCGAGGCUACCUCGGACGGCAGUACUGUGGCGGAGGUGUGGGGGGCGCACAGCCAAGGUGUCUUAUAAAUAUAGAGGGUAAAUAAACGCAGAG